AAGCAUAUUAUCGGGUUGAAUUCUGCUAUUUAAAUUCCAAUUUUUUUCGCCUUGGCUGACUCGGCCGGAGAGAAAUGUCCGUGGAAGAUUCCUGUCUCGGUACAUCUUGUGGCAGCAACUUGAAACGGGCUGCAACAUAAUCCAAGCUCAAUCAGAAUGAAAGUUACAACUACUUGGAUUCGACAACUUCCACCGUCGCACACUUCGAAGCCCACUCGCCGCCUUUUCUCGACUUCUUCGACGCGACGGGAAAUUAGAGAUAUACAAGGUCUUCCAACGAGGAUUCUGCCAAAAUACCAAGAGUCUCGAGGUAGCGACUUAUUAUCCCUUCAAUGGCCGGCUCCUCCUCGCAAUAUCCUCAUUGUGAAGAAGCAUAGCGCUCCUGCGGUUACAGAGUCUUUGAUAGAGUUUGUCAAUCAUCUAGCAUCCACAUAUCCGUCGCUAUCGAUAAUUCUAGAGCAGAAAACUAGCCAAGAAGUACAUUCUUCCCUUCCGAUUCCCGUUUAUACUUCGACACCGGAAAAGCCCCUGACGGCCUCCACACAUGAUAAAGUCGAUUUGGUGGUGACUUUAGGCGGAGAUGGAACUAUACUUCGCGCCUCGUCGCUGUUCGCGACAUCUCACGACGUACCACCUAUGCUGUCUUUCAGUAUGGGGACAUUGGGGUUCCUGGGAGAGUGGAAAUUUGACGAAUAUAAGCGUGCAUUCCGGGAAGUCUACAUGUCCGGCUCAGGCGUAGGAGACCGCGCUCCUGUUCUCGAUGACCCGGAGACCACUGUAGCCGAAGAGGACGUUGAGUCGAAAAUGGGACCUACCGGCUGGUCCUCUGUCCGUGGCAAAUCAAUGGGCUCUACUAGAGGUGCCCGGGUACUGAUGCGUAACCGUUUGCGCGUUGGUCUGUUUUCACCAGAAGGUGAAGCAAUCAUUCCCCCAUCGCAUUCCAGCGCCGUGGCGUCCGGUCUUCCAGAUCCGCGUGUCUACGCACUGAACGAAGUGCUUAUCCAUCGAGGAAAAGAACCCCACCUCGCUGUCCUGGACGUCUUUGUGGGAGGACGUUUCCUUACGGAAGCAGUGGCGGACGGUAUGAUCAUCUCAACGCCCACAGGAAGCACUGCAUAUAGUUUGAGCAGCGGAGGCAGUAUAGUACACCCCCUAGUUCCGUCGCUUCUUCUUACACCGGUGUGCGCUCGUAGCUUGAGCUUUCGACCGCUGGUCUUACCGUCGAGCACACCUGUUACUCUCCGACUGAGUCCCAAAAAUCGUGGGCGAGAAGUCGAAUUAAGCAUUGACGGCAGAAACAUGGGGCAGGGCAUGUCUGCUGGAAUGGAAGUGCGAGUCUGGGACGAGGAAAUUCGACAUGGGAAGAAUGACUGGCGCGGCGGCGUACCUUGUGUGAUGCGACGAACAAUUGGAGUUAGUGAUGACGGUUGGGUUGGCGGACUGAAUUCGCUUCUCAAGUUCAACCACCCGUUUGGAGCAGACUCGUGAUGCGGAUUUGCUUGUAAAAAAUAAUGAUAUACGUACUAGUACAUAUUUAACAUAAUUGAACAUUUGAGAAGUGUGCUGCGGCAAAG